AUUUGACCUUCUACUCAAAGUAAGGCAAUGGAGAACAACAUGAUAUACAUACAAUCACGUCACAAGAAAAUUAAUUAAACGUAUUCUUGUUCCAAGGUCCUGUGGAUCGAUUUAUUUAUUAAAGUGGUUUCUGAGUGAGUGUGAAAUUAAUACGCUUUUUGCAUUAGUUUUUAAAAUCCUACUGGAAUAUUCACAGUUGUUCGUAUCUUGAUGGAUAAUUAGUUAUAUUCAUGUCAGCUUUCUCUCCCGGCUGUGUCCGGUCCAACUGAGGAAUGAAAAUAAAUGAUCGAUCAUAUCAGCGAUAAAACAAACAAAUGGAGUCAAGUGCGUGGACCAAACAAAUAACUGCACCAAGAUCCGGCAUUACUUGUCAUAUCGCUGGCUGGUGCGUGUAGAGAUGAUCCAAUAAGCCGGAAAAGGCGAAUUUUCUUUUUUUUUUCUUUUGGAAUACGAGGAAAGAGAUUUGAUAUUAUAUAGGUUAUGUUAUUUCACUUGUUUUACCAAAAAGAUGCAGGGCUGAAAUGCUGUUACUUCUCUAGUUUACGUUAUUAAAAUCGAUUAAUCUAGCAAAAUGAUGUAAGGGUGAGAUGUACGGCAUGUUAGCUUUGAUACUAACCCUUGAUAAGCCUUCACAUGGAAAUAAAAAAAGUUAGCACUUAACGCAGAUACUCAGUCAGUUUAAGGGUUGUCCUUAUUUCUCUCAGCUAGAGGCAAAAGGCAAUGCUUUUUUACUCCUGCUGGGUAUCUUUCCAUCACCAGCUGAGCACAAAGUGGUGUUGAUAAUGGCGGCCCUGCUUCCGAUGAUCCUAUUGAAUAAGUGAUGCAGCUGAUACAACUUGUCAAACAACAGCCAUUGAUACGCAUAAAGAAAAAUACUUAGCUUGAUUCACAACAGAUUACACAGCUAAAAGUACAACAGCGGUUUUAUCAUCACUCUUGUGAGAUCGUACAUGGUAGUGAGAGAAGAUGGGUAUCAUACCAUCAACAGGAGAGAUAACGUUCUCUUUGAUAUGUAUAAGGGCGAAUGGAUUGAUGUUCGCUUGGACACAUGAAAACAUUAGACUAUUUGACGCAGACAUCGUCUUCAAACCAAACAAAUCAAGCGUGGUUCAGCCCAUACCAGUGUUAGAUCCCAUGAAUGAAUUCACUGCUUGUUUUUGGGUGAGACUUGAUCCCUUGCCAUGGCCGGUGGGAUCAGUAGUGUUUCUUAACUAUUCUGCACAUGAAAAACACGAUGAAAUCGUUCUUGAAUAUCAAACUACUGUCCAGUUUACUGUGGGUGCAAACACUAUAUUGAGAAGCAAUUCUUUCCCCAACAUGGACGACGGCAAGCGGAAGUUCAUCUGUGUUCAAUGGGAAAACAAGGAUGGCAUGACGUCACUUUACAUUAAUGGAAACUUGGUGGUAAAUGUAGCAAAUAAACAAAAAGACUACAAAGUCUUGAACAGUGGAGAUGUAAGACUGGAGCUGGGGUAUUCAUCCGCAGCACAAGAUCUGAGUGGAAGAAUGACGUGUGUCAACAUCUGGGAUGAUCUGUUAUCGACUCAAACUAUCCUUCGAUUAUAUCGUGCUCAUGACUGUGGAUACCACCCGAACAACCUCGUUAUAGACUGGCAAAAGAUUAGUACAAAACUGAGAGACAUGGGAUCGCCAUUACUUGUAACUCCAUCUGAGUUAAGAAAUGACCAAGUUAUCAUAACUACCACAUGCACUAAACCCCAGCUUCUACAUGGUCAAAUCUUCCCAGAAGCAGUUCUGGUGGGUCAAGUCAUAUCAAUAACAGAAGUUGUUUCAGAACUCCAGUGUCAAGACCAAUGUCUGAGAGCACAAGCUUGCAAUGCCUUUAACAUUGAACAACAAGGAACGACGAUAAAGAAAACGUGUCAACUGAUUAGUGGAGUAACUGGAGUAAAAGGAAAUCAUGUUUCGUAUGGAAGAGUAUUCGACAGACAGGGUAUGAUCAAGGCUCUUCUUACACCAUCAUGUUCUGAGAAUAGAGAAAACAGUCCCUAAUAUACCAACAUAGGUCAACCCAGCAUGAUCCUGCUCUUGACUGCAAUGACACAGUCCCUACUAUACCAAUAUAGGUCAACCCAGCAUGAUCCUGCUCUUGACUGGGAUGACACAGUCCCUACUAUACCAAUACUCUUGACUGCGAUGACACAGUCCCUACUAUACCAAUAUAGGUCAACCCAGCAUUAUUCUGCUCUUGACUGCAAUGACACAGUCCCUACUAUACCAAUAUAGGUCAACCCAGCAUUAUUCUACUCUUGACUGCGAUGACACAGUCCCUACUAUACCAAUAUAGGUCAACCCAGCAUGAUUCUGCUCUUGACUGCAAUGACACAGUCCCUACUAUACCAAUAUAGGGCAACCCAGCAUGAUCCUGCUCUUGACGGCAAUGACACAUAAUCCCCACCACCCAUUAAAACAUUCCUUAAAACCAGCAGCUCGUGAGACAAGAUAUUAUUAAGUACAUUUUUCUGUAUUAAAAGUUAAACUUUCA